GCCUGGGAGACAGAGUGAGGCUCCGUCUCAAAAAAAAAAAAAAAACAGAGUGUGUAUUGACAAUAAGCCAAUAUGUAAACUAUUUCAGAUGAUGAUAAGAACUAUGGAAAAAAGUAAAGCAAGAUGAGGACUGUGUAGUAAAAGGAAGAUCUCCUUUACAGGAGGAAGCUGGGGAGGGAGCCAUGCAGAUACCUGGAGAAGUGCACUCCAGGCAGAGCAGUUGGUCAUUCCAGCCCACACACUGAGGCAAGAGUGUGCUUGGUGUGUGGGAAGAACAGCAAAGGGCUAUUGUACCUGGAGUCUGUGCCCAAAAGGGUGGUGGGAGCCGCCUUUAGAGAGGUCGCAGGGGUCAGAUUGAAUAGCACAUUGUAGCACAGAUGUUUGAGGGAUGUGUAAUUUGAAACUCUUAUCCCAAUGACAUGAUUAGUGAAAGAGUAUCUAAUGUGAGAUUUUGCAGUAAACAGUAUGAAAUUGCAAACUUCUGAACCAGGACCCUUCAUGAUUGAAAUAGCACAUUCCUAUUUAGAGAGGAUUACAAUUUAAUUUUUAAAAGUCCUGUGUUAAUAAUGCUUCCUUUCACAUUCAUAGUUUUCUAAAAUUCCGAAUUCUUGAAUAAUCCCUAUUUAAAUAAUCUUAACACAAUUGGGAAGCUGCUUACCAGUAAAGUCAGAAGUUGACCCUAGUGGUUUCUACUCUACUGGGAGCUUAUGGGCAGACUCCAGGAGUGUCUGUUAUGUGAUCACUCCUGUUCUGCAGUGGCCCAGUGGAGCUGGUUAGACAGAUUCUCAGCAGGGUAGAGGCUCUUGCUUAAUGCACACACAAGCUCAGCCAGACUGACUUAAUUUGGAGCCCUUGGCCCAGAAAGUUUUCCUGGUUCUACUCGUAAAACGAGACAAAUCACACGUAACAAAAUACUCUGUUUUUAGGAUUAGUUAAAAAGAAACCCCAAAUCUCUUAUAUCUUCAUUGUAAUGAAAAUCCUUAAAGAUUUUCGUCCUGUUUCUUUUUUUUAACGUCUGUAUCCCUCAAUACCUAGAACUAUGCCUAGCAUCUAGUAGGGUCUCAAAAAUAGUUGUUUUUAGUGAACAAAGGUCAUGUUUAGGACCUUUAUGUAUUUUGUCCAGAUUUUCUACAUCCCUUCAUUCAUAAUACUUAGAAUCAGCAUUGAUGUUCUGAAGUCUUCUGGAGCUGAACAAUUAGCUAUAGAAUGCUAGAGAUCCUGUGAUUCCUUGGGUAUCGCCAACACAUAGCCUCAGGCAUGGUAUAGACCAUAGAAAUGUCUAAUCCUCAUAAUAAGAUUAACGAGAAAACAUCCUUCACAGACAGAAACUCUGGAUUCCAGCGAGGAAAGCCCACCCCCAGAGUACUACCUUUUUGAAAGUGGUGUUAGUUCAGGAUGGCUGAGUGCUGGGCCACAGGGAGUAAUAAAUACACACCCACCUACAAAGGUUUUAAACCACUUUUUUGGUUAAAAGUGGAAUGUUAACCCUGUGUCGACUCCAGGAAUAUGUUUCAAUAAUUCAUUCAUCAUUUGGGAACGUAAAAAUGGAGAGCUUAAAGUAGGCAUAUUAAUUUAGAUUAGUUCCUUUUUAAACAGGAGCUUUAUAAUUCAGAAAAUUUAUUUAAACACUCAUAAAUGAACUCACGUCAACUCAUGCUCCAUCUAUCUUUAUGUUACAGGCUGAGAAAUAAUUCUGGAUAAUAUAUAUGCAAAUGACAAUGACUCUGAUGAAAAAGUCUAAAGGAUCUCAAUUUACCAACUGCUAAUUUCUUCACUUUUGGGAGGACACUCAUUCUCUUUCUUCUUGCUUUGAACCAUCUCUUAAUAAAGAAAAAGGAUACUGGGGCAGUUUGCUAAUAGAGAAGGCUAUGAAAGCCAUUGCUAGUAUACAGUUAGGGCAUAAUUUGAAUGACUUCCUGUAAAUGAGUUUUUACUAAUUCAUAUUUUCAAUAGAGAUUCUCAGCGUUCUUUAGAAAGAUGACUUUUUUUCUGCCACCAUAUGUGUAAUGUGGCUCCUCUGUAUUUAUGACUUAGAGUCAUGUUUUGGCCUGUGAAGCACAAAACCCUUUCUGGAGCCAAGUUUUGUCAGUGCUAAUACAUGCCCUUUACAGCCCACAUUCAUUAAUUGCAUCAAAACACUCGCCUGAUAGGUGAGCAGUCCUCACACCCUUAUGAGAGAGGUAAGGUCAUUGGUUCGUUUUCAUGAAGUUUGGAAAGCUCUUCCACAUGAGGUUGCAGAAGUCCUGGCAAGCCUGCUGAGAUGUGCCUUCAGGUCGGGGCUGUUCAGUAAGAGGAAUAAGGAGCACGAGUCCAGCCCAGAGGCAGAUUCUGUGGCUGUUGGGUGUUUUUCUCUUGAGUCUGUCAAGAGGAGUAAACGUGACCCAUGUCAUCAGAGCAGUGGCCGAGACUCCCUUGUAAGGUGAGUGUCCUCACAGACCAAGUGGAAGCCCAGGGAGAGAAGAUUCGAGACCUGGAAGUGUGUCUGGAAGGACACCAGGUGAAACUCAAUGCUGCUGAAGAGAUGCUUCAACAGGAGCUGCUAAGCCGCACAUCUCUUGAGACCCAAAAGCUUGAUCUGAUGACUGAAGUGUCUGAGCUGAAGCUCAAGCUGGUUGGCAUGGAGAAGGAGCAGAGAGAGCAGGAGGAGAAGCAGAGGAAAGCAGAGUCAGUUCUAAAUGUGAUCAGUGAGCUGCAGGAGCAGAUGUGUAGGCUGCAGCUGGACAUCCACAGGCAGAUCCAGGAGCGCCUGUUGCUCAGUAGGGACCACCCUGAGGAGGUGGCGGCCAGCGACGAUGUGGCCGAGCCCCAGCCCUGCAGCCAGGACUGUGCCUGUCGGGAGGGGUCACCUGAGUUACUACAAGAGCUCAGGCACCUCAAAAUCAAAGUGGAAGAGUUAGAAAAUGAACGGAAUCAGUACGAAUGGAAGCUAAAGGCCACUAAGGCUGAGGUAGCCCAGCUGCAAGAACAGGUGGCCCUGAAAGAUGCAGAAAUUGAGCGUCUGCACAGCCAGCUCUCCCGGACAGCAGCUCUCCAUGGUGACCACACAGAUAGAGACCAAGAAAUUCAACGUCUGAAAAUGGGGAUGGAAACUUUGCUGCUUGCCAAUGAAGAUAAGGACCGUCGGAUAGAGGAGCUUACGGGGCUGUUAAACCAGUAUCGGAAAGUAAAGGAGAUUGUGAUGGUCACUCAAGGGCCUUCAGAGAGAACUCCCUCAAUCAAUGAAGAAGAACCAGAGGGAGGUUUCAGAAAGUGGAACACUACAAAUAAGGGCCCUGAAGAAUUAUUUAAACAAGAGAUGCCUCUGGGAUGUAGCUCUCCUACAGUGGGGCCACCUCCAUUGCCACAGAAAUCACUGGAAACCAGGGCUCAGAAAAAGCUCUCUUGUAGUCUAGAAGACUUGAGAAGUGGAUCUGUGAAUAAGUGUAUGGACGGGAACCAGCUCUUCCCGGUGGUAGAGCCCAAGGACAGCCCUUUCUUGGCGGAGCACAAAUACCCCACUUUACCUGGGAAGCUUUCAGGAGCUACGCCCAAUGGAGAAGCUGCCAAAUCUCCUGCCACCACUGCCUGCCAGCCUGACGCCACGGGGAGCAGCCUGCUGAGACUGAACCGUGGCCGGAGUGUCAGUGCCCCCGUAUUAGGAGACACAGAAAGUGGCUGGGAUGACACUGCUGUGGUCAAUGACCUCUCAUCCACAUCAUCGGGCACUGAAUCAGGUCCCCAGUCUCCUCUGACACCAGAUGGUAAACGGAGUCCCAAAGGCAUUAAGAAGUUCUGGGGAAAAAUCCGAAGAACUCAGUCAGGAAAUUUCAACACAGACACGCUGGGGAUGGCAGAGUUUCGACGAGGUGGGCUCCGGGCAACCGCAGGGCCAAGACUCUCUAGGACCAGAGAUUCCAAGGGACAGAAAAGUGACACCAACGCCCCCUUUGCCCAGUGGAGCACAGAGCGUGUAUGUGCGUGGCUGGAGGACUUUGGCCUGGCUCAAUAUGUGAUCUUCGCCAGGCAGUGGGUGUCUUCCGGCCACACUUUACUGACAGCCACCCCUCAGGACAUGGAAAAGGAGCUAGGAAUUAAGCACCCUCUCCACAGGAAGAAACUUGUCUUAGCAGUGAAAGCCAUCAACACCAAGCAGGAGGAGAAGUCUGCACUGCUAGACCACAUUUGGGUGACACGGUGGCUUGAUGAUAUUGGCUUACCCCAGUACAAAGACCAGUUUCAUGAAUCUCGAGUUGACGGGCGAAUGCUGCAAUACCUGACUGUGAAUGAUUUACUCUUCUUAAAAGUUACCAGCCAACUACAUCAUCUCAGCAUCAAAUGUGCCAUUCACGUGCUGCAUGUCAACAAGUUCAACCCCCACUGCCUGCACCGGCGGCCAGCUGAUGAGAGUAACCUUUCUCCUUCAGAAGUUGUACAGUGGUCCAACCACAGGGUGAUGGAAUGGUUGCGAUCUGUGGACCUGGCAGAGUAUGCACCCAAUCUUCGAGGGAGUGGAGUCCAUGGAGGCCUCAUUAUCUUGGAGCCACGCUUCACGGGGGACACCCUGGCUAUGCUUCUCAAUAUCCCCCCACAAAAGACGCUCCUCAGGCGCCACCUGACCACCAAGUUCAAUGCCUUGAUUGGUCCAGAGGCUGAACAGGAAAAGCGAGAGAAAAUGUCCUCACCUGCUUACACACCACUGACCACCACAGCCAAAGUCCGGCCUAGGAAACUAGGAUUUUCACACUUUGGAAACAUAAGAAAAAAGAAGUUCGAUGAAUCAACAGACUACAUUUGCCCAAUGGAGCCUAAUGACGGUGUCAGUGACAGUCACAGGGUCUACAGUGGCUACCGGAGCCUCAGCCCCCUUGAUUCCCCUGAACUGGAUGGGCUGGACCAGAUGGCACCUUCGGAAGGUACCGUGACGCAGAUAGGGCUCCUCUCCCAAGACAUUCACCGCCUUACGACAAUGCUGAGCCAGGACCAGCUGCUGAAUGACUCUCAUCUGCCUGUCCCCAACUCUGAUGACUGGAGAUGACUCUCUUCAUGGCUGCGAGCCCAGGGAGGCACGUGUGGGGGCCCAGAGCCUUUGCUUCUGUGGGGAGCUGGCAGCCCCCUCUGCAAGCCCGGUCGGACUGGCAGGGCAUCUUGGACAGGGUGCCGACAGGCACGAAGCAGAGCUGUGGGACAGGUGUCCAGGGGUGGCCCCAGAGUUCAUGUGUGUCUUCAACCGGGCUGCGCUCUUCACCACAGGCCUUAUACCUUUUGUACUUUUAUUCCCGGACUGCAGACCAUUUUGUGGGAGGGCAGUGAGUUGUCAGCACACAGACUCGAUGCCUUGUGCUAUUUCUGGUGACAGCCUGGAAGCUCUCACACCUGAGGGGAAGAGCUGUUAGUUCAUAAAACCUGCUGGAAAAAAAGUUCUGAAAACCUGU